UAGCCAGAGCAGCCAACAAAAAAGAAGGCAUAAUUCAUUCAUACAUUGAUAGUCCAACAUUGCGGUACAACAUUACGGUUAACGAAAACAUUUGCUGUAAUUUAAACUUACAACAACUAAGAAAUAAUACAGAAGAAAUAAAGUACUUUAGAAAAGGUACUACUACUUCUUUUACUACUCGUAUUUUUACAACGCUCGCGUUCCAGCUUUGAGUACAUACGUCGGUCGCGUCUUACGUAGAGUAGUUAAUAGUUAUGGGCCAAAGCUAAACGGAUGCGGACGCGCACUUCUUGUAAAAAAUUUGACUUAAGCAAAAAAAAAAAAAAAAUCAUAAAGAAGAAGAAAAUUUAUACGAAAAGCAACUAAAAAGACGAAAAUAAUAUAAAAUCUGUUGCAUCACUUGUGAAACACUUCAGUCGUAUUAAGACGUUUAAACAAAAAACAAAAAUUAAAUUAAAAUAAAUAAAAAAUAUAAAGAAAAUUAAAUAAAAAUACAAUUUGUUUUUAUAGUGACUAUUAUUUAAAAAAAAAGAAAAUAAAUAAAAAGUUUUGAUUUUAUUAAAAAAAAAAAUAAGAUUGACGAGUUUUUUUAAAUUUAAACUUUUAUUUUGCUUUAAUUAAGUAACGGGAAACGGAAGUUUUUUUUUAAAGCGGAUAUAAGGAGAUUUUUUUAAAAAACAACAUCGUCCUAAAAAAAUCAACAUAAGUUAUAAAAGAAAGACUUUUAAUAACACAACCCAACAGCUGAUUAAGCAAAAACAAGCAACAAGUGUUUGUAAACAAAACAAAAACUGUCAAGAAAACCUAAACAAAGUUAAAGCAACAAAAAUAAUCCCCAACAAAACAAUAGCAAGGAUAUUGAAACAAACAAAAAAGCAACAAUAACGUUAGAAAAAAAGUAAACAAACUAUUUGUAUACAACAACAACAACUACCACAGAAAAAAAUUACCCAAAUAUAAAGGAAAUUUCAAAACAACAACAACAACAGGAUAUUCACUGCACCAUAACAAACCAAAACAAAAGUUUGUUUACAUUUUUGUUUUUGCCUCGAGAAAACAAUAACAAACAAGUAAAUCUUAAAAAUUUAGCAUCCAGAAGUAAAAAUUAUAAGAAAAUUAUAUACCAAAUGAUCUCUUUAUGAUCCUUUUAUAUAAUAUAGACUAUAAAUAUUUCUCUUUUAUUUAAAAUGGUUUAAAGGAAACCAUUUUCGCAAGGAAAUAUUACAAAAAUAUAAAUAAAAAAAAGAAAAUCUUAAAUUUUUUCUUCUGCUUAGUUCAAACAUUACAACAACAUUAAAAACUCCGUCAAAAUUUUGCCUUCAUUUUCACAAUUAAAAAUGCUCAACAUGGAAUCACCACAAAUGUACGAUACCGUACAAACUCUAACACAAUUGGAUUUGAAAAAGCAGCCGCCUCCUCAACAGGCCAUUAUUGGUCAGAUAACCCUAACGGCCAUGUCCUCGCAACAGCAGCAGCAACAACAACAACAGCAACAGAAUGGCCAGCAACAACAACAACAACAGCAGCAGCAACAAAAUGACAAUAACAAUAAUAAUACGCAACAGCAACAACAACAGGUUAAUGGUGUGGGUGUGGUAGGUGCUGUAGGUGCCGGUUUGGUGGUUAAACAACAUGCCAUGCAUCAAAUGCAUCAGGCCGCUGCCAUGAAUAACAACAACAAUAACAAUUCCGUAUUGAAUGCAAAUGUUAAUAAUGUCAACUUAUUGCAGAAACAAAUCAUGCAACAGUAUACCCAAUCCGAUUUAGAUGAAUUGACCGCCCAAGAGAUCUCAUUAGACUUGCAACAUUUAAUCGAUGAUAGUUUUCGUGAUCAGGAAACUUUGGGUAUAUUCAGUGAUAUGGUUACCAGUCCGGGUGUAUUGUCAGCUACUUUACCACCUAAUGGCAUGGUAACGGCAGCUGCCAAAGUCUUACAACAACACCAACUACAGCAACAAUCAUUGCGCACACAACAACAUCAAUACGGACGCAAUCCUUUGGCCUAUAUGCCUCAGGCAGUGCACUCGAAUGCCUCCUAUAGCAACAAUUCCAGUGAUGAAAACUCCUCAGUGGGUUCGGAUACCUCGACCAUUAAAGAAGAACCCAUAGAUCCGGAAUACCGGCGUCAUUUGCAGGAGACCAAUGCCGCCAAUAAUGCCGCAGCUGCCGCCUUUAUAAGCAACGGCUCUGCCAAUGGUCUCUAUAAUCCCUAUCAGAAUGCCAACGGCAAUGGCAAUUCCAAUAAUUCUUCCUCACAAAACUCCAACAAUUUCAAUACUCUUACCUCGGCCAAUGUUUUGGCCCAUCAUUCUGCCGUUAAUUUGCCUCAUCUAGCCGCCGGUGCCCAUCUGCUUAAGCAUCAUAACAAACAGGUGCAUCAACAGCGCAAACAAUCACUCAAACAUGUAGACAAAGGCACCGAGGAGUAUCGUCGUCGUCGUGAACGCAACAAUAUAGCUGUGCGCAAAUCCCGGGAGAAAGCCAAGGUACGCUCGCGUGAGGUAGAGGAACGUGUUAAAAGUUUACUCAAGGAAAAAGAUGCUCUUCUGCGACAACUGCAGGAAAUGACCAAUGAACUGCAGCUGCACAAACAGAUCUACAUGCAGCUCAUCAAUCACAAUAAUCCCGAAGUGAGUCGUGUCUGUCGAAGUUUUCUCAAUACCAACGAUCAUGGUUUGUAAGUUUGUUUUCCAGCGAUCAUGUUGUAUCAGGAUGAGACUGUAUAUUUUUAUUAUUAUUAUUUCUUCUUCUUUUUGUUUAUUGUAAUAUUAUUCUUAUUCUUUCUAUUCUUCUUUUUUGUUUGUUUCUUUAAUGCUAUAGUUUAAAUUAUAGAGGGAACUGUCCUUAAUCUCGUUGCAAUAAUUAUUAUUAAUUUUAUAUUAAAUAAUUAAAUAAAUUAGUUUAAGUUUAAAUACCACAAAAAAAAAAAAAGCGGGCGGGUUUUUUAAUUUUUUAAAAAAAUAAGUUCAUUUCAUUCAUUUUUAAUAAAUUUAACAAAAUUUUGUUCACAUUUUAUGUAAAAAAGCAGAGGCAUUCCUACCUCCUUUAACAAAUUGUCCUCAAUAAGUUGAGCUUUUUACCAGAGAGAAUAAGAAAACUUUUCAUCAAGCUUUCGAAAACUUAACGUGUUAGCUUAAAAGGGAGCGAUAUGAGAUAUGAGAAUAAAAAAGAAGACAAUGAUCCUGUUUAACAGUUGAGCUUUUUAUAAGCUUUUAAAAACAUUAAUGUUUGGCGUAAAGAGAGAGUAACAUAACGAUCCUGUUUAACAUAACGCGCUUCAAGAGAAAACUUUUCUCUUGAAACUUGGUCUUCUUUUAAAGUUUUCGAAAGCUAAAUGUUUUAGCUUAAAAGAGAGCGAUAAUGAGAAUAAGAAAGAAGACAAUAGUCCUGUUGAACAGUUGAGCUUUUUUUAGGCUUUUAAAAGCAUUAAUGUUUGGCGUAAAAGAGAGAGUAACUUAACGAUUGAGCUUUUUGUGAGAUUUCUAAAGCAUAAAGCUAUGGCUUAAAAGAGAGAGAAAAAUAGUGAAUAAAGUUAAUGAUGCUGUUAAAUAUUUCGAACUUUUGAGCUUUUUAAAGCUUUCAAAAGCAAAAGGAGGUUAAGUUUUAGAGAGACAACGUUUGGGUUUAUCAUUUAAGUUUUUUUUUAAAUUAUAAAGAUUGAGCUUAAAAAUAGGGAAAAUGCAAGCGAGAAGAAGAUAACGACCUUAUUUAAUAUUUAAAGUUUUUUAAGCUUUUUAAAGCAUAAAAGAAAGAACGAGUUCAGAAACACUUUUCCUGUUAUAUUCUGCAAAUAAAAGUGAAUUGAUUUUUAAUGAAAGCUUAACAAAUUAUUGUUCAAAACUUAUAUUAGGAUAAAGCUUAAAGCUGCCGGAACAGUUUAACAGAAAUGUUCGCAAAAUAAAGCUUUAUACUUCAAGUCUUCUUAUAGUGAGAGUGAAAAAGUUAAAGAUCCUGUUUAAUAUUUCAAAUUUUUGAACUUUUUAAAGCAUUCAAAAGCAAAAAGUUUAAAUUUUAAAGCAUAAUGGUUGACUUUAAAAUUUUUUAAUAUUUAAAGCUUUUUAAGCUUUUAAAAGCAUAAAUGAAAGAACGAAUUCAGGAGCACUUUUCCUAUUAUAUUCUGGUUUUUAACGAAAGCUUAUCAAAUUAUUGUUCAAAACUUAAGUAAUGAUAAAGCUUAAAGCUGCCCGAAAAGUUUUAUAGAAAUAUCCGAAAAGUAAAGCUUCAAGCUUUAAAUCUUCUUAUAGUUAAAAAACGUUUGAUCUUAAGUUUCAAAAGCUUAAAACAAACCAUUAGCAGAAGCUUUAUAAACUAUUAUAAUAACUUAAUUAAUAAUAAGCUUUCAAAGGCAUAUAUGUUUAGUUUAAAUGAACGAGCGAGAUCAAAAGCUUAUCAAACUAUUGUUCAAAACUUAAGUAAUGAUAAAGCUUAAAGCUACCAAAAAAGUUCAACGGAAAUGUUCGCAAAAUAAAGCUUUAAGCUUCAAGUCUUCUUAUACAUUGUUAAAAGUAAUCAAAAGUUUAAAACAAACUAAGGGAAAGAGGACGCUUAGCGGAAGCUUAAUAGACUG